CGCCAACUGCACUUGAACAUUACAGUCCGCCUGCACGGGCUUUGAUCCCGGCGGAUACCCUCGGACACAGCCUGAGCCAGCAGAUCUAAGGGGAGACCAGCCUGGUUUCGUUCGGGUACUCCAUACCUUCUUAUAUCAUAAUCGACAUUUCCACGAAUUUUCAGACAUGGCGGAGGCGCACCAGGCAGUCGCGUUCCAGUUCACCAUCACUCCAGAGGGCAUCGACUUGCAGCUUUCCCAUGAGGCCCUCAGACAAGUGUACCUCUCCGGACUGCGGUCCUGGAGGAAGAGAUUCAUCCGCAUGAGGAACAGCGUGAUCUCCGGAGUGUACCCCGCCAGCCCGUACUCCUGGCUGUUCGUGGUCGUCGCCAUUUUGGCGACCAUGUACACGCGCUCGGACCCCUCCAUGGGCCUCAUCUCGAAAAUCCAGGAGCACCUGCCCGUGAGCGAAUCGCUCAGCGUGCAGAGUCAGAUGGUGGUGUUGGCAGUGCUGUUUGGAACUCUGAUCUGGUUCUCCUUCAUCUUGGCCAUGCGCUUGUUCCUGAAGAUGCUGCUCUCCUAUCACCGCUGGAUUUUCGAACUGCACGGCAAGGUCUCCGUCACCACCAAAAUCUGGGCGGUGCUGAUCAAACUCUUGUCAGGAAGAGAGCCCUUGCUCUACAGUUACCAGUCCUCUCUUCCAAACCUGCCUGUUCCUGCCGUCAAGGACACAGUCAGAAGGUUCCUGGAGUCCGUGCGCCCACUCAUGAGUGCCACAGAGUUCCAGCGCAUGACCGCUCUGGCUGCGCAGUUCGAGAGCAGCCUGGGCAGCCGGCUGCAGUGGUACCUCAAGCUCAAGGCGCUCUGGGCGUCCAACUACGUCAGCGACUGGUGGGAGGAGUACGUCUACCUCAGAGGAAGAAGCCCCAUCAUGGUGAACAGCAACUACUACGGCAUGGACUUCCUGUAUGUGACCCCCACUCCCAUCCAGGCAGCCAGGGCAGGGAACGCUAUCAAGGCCUUUCUGCUGUACAGGAGGAGAAUAAACUUGGAGGAGAUGAAGCCUAGUCGUAUUCCAGGCACUGUUAUUCCUCUGUGUGCUGCUCAGUGUGAGAGGAUGUUCAACACCACGCGCAUCCCAGGAGUGGAGACCGACACCCUGCUGCACUGGAAGGACAGCGACUACGUGGCGGUCUACCACAGGGGGCGCUAUUUCAAGCUGGGGGUGUACCGGGCCGGGAGGCUCCUGUCGCCCAGAGAGCUGGAGUUCCAGAUCCAGAGGAUUCUGGAUGAUCCCUCGCCCCCCGCCCCCGGAGAGGAGAAACUGGGGGCCCUGACUGCAGGGGACAGGGAGCCCUGGGCCCAGGCGAGGAAGCAGUUCUUCGGCGCCGGGGUGAACAAGCGGUCUCUGGACUGCAUCGAGAAAGCGGCCUUCUUCGUCACGCUGGACGACGAGGAGCAAGGCAUGAUGGGAGACAACCCUGCCGGGAACCUGGACGCGUACGCCAAGUGCCUCCUGCACGGGAAGUGCUACGACAGGUGGUUUGAUAAGUCCUUCUCCCUGGUGGUGUUCAAGAACGGGAAGAACGGUCUGAACGCCGAGCACUCCUGGGCCGACGCCCCGACGGUGGCCCACCUGUGGGAGUACGUCCUGGCCACAGACACCUUCCAGCUGGGGUACGACGGGGAGGGCCACUGCAAGGGAGAGCUAGAUCGCACCCUGCCCCCUCCACAGAAGCUGGGCUGGGACAUUCCCCCCGAGUGUGAGGAGCAGGUGUCCCGGUCCCUCGCGGUGGCCCAGACGCUGGCGGACGACGUGGACUUCCACAUAGUCCCGUUCCGGGACUUUGGGAAGGGGCAGGUGAAGAAGCACAGGAUCAGCCCCGACGCGUUCAUACAGCUGGCCCUGCAGCUGGCCUAUUACAGGGACAGAGGAAUGUUCUGCCUGACCUACGAGGCGUCUAUGACCCGUCUGUUCAGGGAAGGGCGCACCGAGACGGUCCGCUCCUGUUCCAACGAGAGCUGCGCGUUUGUGAAAGCUCUGGAGAGCGGGGAGGACACGGAAGUAUGUAAGCGGCUACUCCGAUUGGCCGCUGAGAAGCACCAGAACCUCUACCGAUUGGCCAUGACAGGAUCUGGCGUUGACAGGCACCUCUUCUGCCUCUAUGUGGUCUCCAAAUACCUGGGAGUGGACUCUCCUUUCCUUAAAGAGGUGCUGGCAGAACCGUGGAGGCUGUCCACCAGUCAGACCCCCGUCCAGCAGGUGGAGCUGUUUGACCUGGUCAACCAUCCGGAGUACAUCUCCUGCGGAGGAGGCUUCGGCCCCGUGGCGGACGAUGGGUAUGGAGUGUCCUACAUCAUCGUGGCAGAGGACAUGCUCAACUUCCACGUCUCCUGCAAGCACUCCUGCGCGCAGACCGACGCUCGCCGCUUUGGAGCCCAUAUCAGACAAGCUCUGCAGGAUCUCCUCUCUCUGCUGAACACCGACAGGAAGGAGCAGGUCGGAGCAGCCAAAGCCCCAGAGACCGACAAAAAGACACACUGAGCGACCUUUGGGAAACGGGGUGCCGAGUCAUCGAGGCAGAUAUUAUACUCAGAUAUUAUUAUAUUAAUGCCAGACCAAUGCAAUGACGUGACUUACUCUCAUUAUCACAUUGUUAACUCUGCAAAUUGUGAAGAUUGCUAUUUAUUUGUCGGAUUUGCAUCCUAUAAUCGUUUUGUUUUUGAUGUUCAGGAGCUUGUGCUUGCGGAGAAUGUGGGUGGAAUGACGUCAGAGGGUGAAGAGGUAUUAACAAGACUGUAAUAUGGUACAGAUGUGGUGAGCAGUGGCGUAGUGUUUGUGUUUAAGGGGGAUUUGGGUUUUGAGUGUUUCUCCACCUUCGUCUGUGUCUCUGGCAGUAAUGUUACACUGUUGAGUUGCACUUGCCAGAACUUCCCCCAGUGUAAAGAUUGUUGUGGAGAAACAAAAGAAACGAACAAGAUUUCUGAGUUUAAGUGCUGUCAGAACUGUAAAUUGUAACUGAAAUUGUUAUUCUUAACUUUUUAUGUUUAAUUAUUGAUUCUUGUUUCAUCUUGCACUGAUAAAAUACCGAUCAUGUACCAAUCAAAAUAUAUGGUAUUGACGUAGUAAUCUACUUGAUUGUAUGGCUGUGGAAUUGUAGAAUUUGGGGACCGCGUGGACAAAGGUGUGUAGUUGUUGCUGACAAAUCACCUUUCGUUGUGCUUUCGUUUAAAAAAAAAUGAUAUGCUGUUUACAAAUACAAGGGCAUUGCUCUGUUCUAGUAUACACGCUACUUGUUGAUUGAAAAGGCUUCUCUAUUUUGGUCUUAUUGGUUGAAAAAUGGCACAGUAGCUCUUGGGUCCAGUCCGUGGAACCUCAUACAAGCUCCCCGUACAGAUGACCGGUCGUAAUAUUAGGCCACAGAGACGUUGUAUUUAAGUGUGUCCUCAUUCUGCAUGGGUCAUUAGAGCUACAUCAGUGUGCGGCAGUGCAGUAUACCAGCAUUUUAUAGCACACAGGCCAGCUAAGAUGUGUCUUGACUGAGUUGGUUAUCAAGUGCACUGGAAUGGCAUCUCUGUAGCUGGACAUUGUUUCCAUGACUCAGGACUUCUGUACCAAUUUGAACAGGCCAAGUACCUGCACUGUGUCGUGUGAGCGUUCUUGUAUAACCAGGAACAGUUAUUUCAGGGAAAACUUGUCUUUUUUUUCCUAUAUCAUGCAACUGAAACAAAACAAUGCAAGAUUUUUAUUGGAAGGGUUUUUAUUUUUAAGUUUGGGGUUUUAAUCUGUUUAUUUGUGCAUACAGCCGUCUGGAGAUAAGUAUCACAAAAAUAACUAAUAACACGAUGCCUGUAACUGAUCACGUACAUUCUUUUCAUGUAUUUCUGUUUGUCUCUCCUUUUCCCGAUUCCAAUUCAACCUUUGUACUGUUGAUUUUUAGCGGGUGCUACAACACAUUCUAUUAAAAACCUCUAACUUUAUAAUGCUGCUUUUAUUUAUUUUUACAGUAAUACCGGAAUUGGAAAAACUAUUAAAUACGUAUAUAUGUUUGUACAAAUAAACUGGAUCCACUGA